UUGUUUCUCUCACAACACCGCUUUCACGCGCCAAACGCUGCUCGUACAGUCCAUUUCAUUUACCAAUAUUCUUUCACAGGCCUCUCUGGCUCGCUGGCCGUCAUGGCCUCUCCUCCCGGCUCACCAGCCAGUGGUGGUGGAGGCGUUUCCAGACCCAUGAGCGCCAUGAUACGUCCAAACAGAAGUUCAAGUCGGAUGAGCGUCAGCAGUAGACCAGGCGGCAGCAGAGCUUCUGAUGAAGACGCCAAAACCGCCGUAAAAGUCGCUGUGCGCGUCCGUCCACCACUCAAACCAGAUGAUCCUGGCUACGAACUCAUACCGCAGCGAUUUAGAGGAUCAACGUGCCAAGCCACAACCCCAACAAGCCUGGCUGUCGAAUCAGCGCAAGGAAAGAAACUCUUCGUCUUCGAUCAGGUCUUCAACGAGAACACUGGCCAGGAAGGCAUAUGGGACUAUUUCAGCGACAGCGUAAACUCUUUUAUUCAGGGAUACAAUGUCUCUAUACUUGCGUAUGGACAAUCCGGUGCUGGAAAGUCGUACACCAUGGGGACCACAGGCUCCACUGAGCAAGGAGACCAAACAUCGAUGGGUGUUAUUCCGCGUGCAGCAGUUGCACUUUUCCAGAACCUUGCGGGGGGCGCAGCUGCCCAUAGCAAGACUGCGUCAGCAUCAGGAAUCCGUGCGCCCUCACGGUAUUCCACGCAGCAACCACUUUCGAGCCUCGCGAACAAAGAGAAGAAUUGGCAGAUGAAGGCUUCAUACGUGGAGAUCUAUAACGAGCAUCUACGCGAUCUCUUGCUGCCAGAUACAGUGCCGCAUAAUGAAAGAGCGCAGGUGACAAUUCGUGAAGAUGCAAAGGGGCACAUACUAUUGACUGGACUUCAUCAAGAGAACGUCAAUUCGGUCGAGGAUCUAAUUAAUGCCCUAAACUUCGGAUCCUCCAUUCGACAAACUGAUUCGACUGCGGUGAAUGCGAAAUCGUCCCGUUCGCACGCAGUGUUCACCUUGAACUUGGUUCAGAAAAGGGCACAAACCACCCCGGCGCAGGAGAAGCGACGGUCCGUUCCUCUGGAAAUGAUGAGCGGAUCAGACAAUUGGGUGACCGUCGAUAGUAAGCUCCAUUUCGUGGAUCUGGCAGGAAGUGAAAGACUCAAGAAUACGGGUGCGCAUGGAGAGCGCGCUCGGGAGGGUAUCUCGAUCAACGCCGGACUUGCUAGCUUGGGUAAAGUCAUUUCUCAACUCUCAUCGCGCGCAGCCGGCUCUCAUGUAUCCUACCGAGACUCGAAGCUCACGCGCCUCCUCCAGGAUUCACUUGGCGGCAAUGCUAUUACAUAUAUGGUUGCGUGUAUUAAUCCGGCGGAGUUCCAUUUGAGCGAAACCCUGAACACUGUUCAGUACGCACAAAGAGCUCGCGCCAUCCAGAGCAAACCGCAAAUACAGCAGGUCAACGAAGACGGCGACAAACAAGCCGUUAUUGAUCGUCUCAGAGCAGAAGUCUCGUUUCUCCGGGACCAGAUCCGGCUUUCGGAGAAGACUGAGCGCCGCAACAAUGCUCCUCAGGAGCGGGCCGAGAGACAACAUGAGCGUGAAAAAGACAUGCAAAAUCAACUACUGGACAUCCAGGAGAACUAUAACGCCCUCAGUCAACGUCACGCGAAGUUGAUAUCGGAAAUCUCCAAAGCUAGAGACGACUCAGAAGACACGCCAAUGCUCAAGGAUGCCAUUGGUGACAGUGCGCUAGAGCGAUUGAAGAGGUCAAAUUCUUUCGCCGAAGCUGUUGAGUCCGUGGUACUGGAGUACGAGAAAACUAUCCAAAGUCUGGAAUCGUCUCUUUCUACGACUCGAUCGUCCUUGUCCUCCAGCGAGAGUUCAUUGCUCGAACGGGAGACAAAGAUCGCAUAUAUGGAAACCGUUCAGCAACAACUUCACGCUCGUAUACAGAAAGCUCUCGAUCGCGAAGCUAGUAGCGAACAGUAUCUUCGCGAUCUAGAGGCCCGCGUAGACGGCAUCACCUCAGGGGAAGAGAAGAGCUCUGCUAUUAUUCAGGAACUUCGCAAGGAACUUACCCGAACUAAGGAGAAUGAGUCGAGUUGCGAGGAGUAUAUAUCGACAUUGGAAGAGCGACUGGCCGAAUCUGAGCAAGACCAUGAGAUGAUGCAACGUGAGAUUGAUCGACUCGAACACGUUGUAGAACGACAACGUAGUAUUGGCAAGCUGGAUAACCUACUUUAUGAGCUCGAUCAUAUUCGUCAAAAUGACCCGAAAAUGGAUAAUGGGUUGCCGGUCAAUGGCCACGCAGAGGAAUCGGAAGUUGAUAAAGAUACCCAUAUUAAUGGCGUAAAGUCCCAUGAAGAAGAAGACGUCGAGAAGAGCUUCGAUUCAGGACUUGAGGCCCAACGCACCCUCGACGAAGAAGUGCACGAAGAGGCCGAGAUUUUCAGCAAUACCAGACCAGCUCAACUCAAGACUGUAGAUGAGCUGAGUGAGCCUCUCCAAAGUACCGCACAAUCAAAAUUUGUUGCAGACAAGCUAGAGAACGUCACCCAAGAGCUUUUUGAUCUUCGCGUUGAACACGAAGGCACAGUCAAUGACUACGACGAGCUAACAAGAAAAUAUCAAAUUGCUCUAAACACCUUGGCCGAGCUUCAAGAUGCUGUUGAAGAAGCUCGGGUUGGGCGUCGUGCAAGCAAAUCUGUCACGUCAUCCCGGCCAGAUUCUUUUUUAGCGCAUGCGGGGAUGAAUGGGCUGAAAGAAGAGGAUGGACAACAUUCAUCUUCGCGUACGUUAUCUGCGGAGUUGUCCUCAGCUGGGGAGUCUUCCAAUUUAUCCAACGUAGACGAGACGACCGUCUCGGAUAUUACUGAGGAAGGCCCUACGCAGGAGCUUGAGAAUGGUUUGGGUAAGGAAGAGGUUGAAAGACAGGCUACACCUGUUCCUGUCGGGGCUUUCCCGGAUUCGACUGAGAAUCUCAGCAAUGCGAAAGAUAUAGCCUUGGCUCAAGAGGUCGAGGAGCUUCGAAAGCUCAACACCGAAAAAGAAAGCCAUAUGGACGAGCUAAACACUCAGUAUGGCCUUCUUCAGGACGAACAUAAAAAGAUGUUGGAUUAUGUGCAAGAGUUGAAGGGCGAAGUGCAAAAGGCUCAAGCAAAUGGGAGACCAUCCUCACCUGCCCAGGUCAUUCGACGAAAGUCAAGUCAAGGGUUUAACAAUGACCGCGCGACACGUUCGAUCGCAUCACUACGCAACAUGGCCCUCGAGAACUUCGAAGAUAAUCCUGAGGUUGUUCAAAACUUCGAAAUCAAUCUCAAUGCAGUCAUGACGGAGCUUCAUAUACGUUCAGAGCGAGUGCAGACUCUGGAGACAGAGCUUACUUCUGUGCGCAAAGAAAUGGAUGGCAAGAUGCAAAUCAUCUCUGGACUUACCCGUGAAAGAUCCAGUAUCAAAGCAUCAUCACCACUCGACCUAUCUGUGGUUGCCUCGAUGCGUGACCAACUUGUCGAGAGUGAGAACCAGAUGCGGGUACUCCGAGACACCCAUGCUGUACGCGAACGUGAGUUACAGACCCAGAUUGAGACUUUGCAGGCAUCCUUGGCAUCGAAGCCAGAGUCACUUGCUACGAACGAUGAGGCCCGUGAUUUGGAUACUCACCCAGACGCUGCGCACAACGAGCAGGUCGCCGCUCUUCAAGCCGAGGUUCUCGAAUGGAAAUCCAAGCACCUUGCCGCAUUGGAGUCUAUGAAGACCUCCGAGGCUCAUUUGAACGAGACGAUACAAUCUCUCGAAAAGUCAUUGCACGAUUCUGAACAACUUCACGCUGCUCAGGUUGCAGAGCUUAAGGCCACCACCGGCGCGGACCAAGAGCUCUCUGAAAGUGUUAUGGGUAACACAGACCAGCAUUCUGAAAUGGUUGUGGCAUUGCAAAAGAAUCUUGAGGAGCAUAAACAGUCAGCCCUUGAAAGCGCAGCUCGUGUCCAAGAGCUUGAGCAUGCUCAUACCAGUAUUCUCAAGCAGGUUGAGGAAGAUUCUUCUGCUAGAGAGCUGACUUCCAAAGAACUGGAAACGCAUCGAAGCCUUGUGUCUAACCUGGAGAGACAGAUUGACGAACACAAGGCGACGUUGUCUCGUUGCCAGGCAAAUCUCGAUGAACUGCAGAUAUCCCACACUGCAGAAGUCAGUCAGCUCAACGAGCAAUUGAUUAAAGCUCAAACGGAUUCGAAUGAGCGUCUAGCUGCACAACUGGCCCAGCAUGAGCAGGCCACGGCAGCGUUGCAAAGUGACCUCACAAAGAGUCACACGGAGCAUCAAAGUGCUAAUGAGGCUCUUCAGGCGCAGCUCACUGCUGCGCAAACUCAGAUGAUCACUCUACUCAAGGGAGUGUCAGCAGCUCUCAAUGAGGACACCGACGCGGAAACGCUACAAUCUCAGGUUGAGAAUCUCGUUUCUACAAGAAGAGACCUGACAGCUCAACACACUGAAGCAUCGGAGAGCUUGUUAACUAUACGGGCCGAGUUGGAAUCGGUCCAAGCGAGAGCGCUUGGUAUGGAAAGCUCGAUCGAUGAACUGAAGGGAAUUAACGAGGAGCUACUGAAAGAAAUCGAGCGCGUGGGUGCCGAAGAACAGAAGAAGGCUCGACUCGUAGAAGAGUUGGAAGAUCAGCUGAGUUCGAAUUAUGAUCAACAUCAAGCCGCCAACAACAGACUAUCGGCGCUUCAGACAGAGCGCAACGUACAGCUUGAGGAAGUGGUACAUGCCAAGACUGGUAUUGAGCGAGAGUUGGAGGAGUCACGAGUCAAGAUUGCAGCUCUAGAGGCUCAACUCGGCAUUAAUCAGCGCAACUCUGUAGAUCCACAAGGCAUUGAGCGCUCUGGUUCAGCCAACUCCAACAUUCGCAAGUCGCAAUCCACGGCCUCAUCGCUCCCAUCGCCACCUCCUGCUAUUCCGCUUCCUCCACUCCCUGGCAACAACACCUCCCCGAUGAGCCCGACCAACAGCCAAUUUCCGCCUUUGCCUUCUCCGCCAACGUCCCGGCAUCAGAGCAAGGACAUUGCCCAGGCGCAGCUUGUGGAAGACCAAGAAGCUCGUAUCAGGACCAUCGAGAAGCAUCUCUUCGCCGAGAAGCAGCUGACGGCAACGCUAGAAGAGGCUCUCACAGACCUCGAGUCCAGUAGCACAAAGGUCAAGUCCGAGAUGGAGAGCUGGAGGAAGAAGUGCUCAAGCCUCGAGGAGGAAAUGGGCCAAAUGCGUAAUGAGCGAGAGCAUGCACGACACUCACUGCAAGCAGUCGAGGAAGAGCGCAGUAAGAGGAUGAGGGUUGAAGCCGAGAGAGCUCAUCUGGAGGCUCGCAUGGCAGUCAUUAACAGCAGCAAGAAGAACAAGAAAAAGGGAACCCUGAAUUGCUUCUAGACACAAACAUUCUUACACUUUUACAUCUUUUGAACGGCGUUGGAGUUGAUGGUCUCCCCAAUGGGAUUAUGACCCGGGCUGGACCUUUCUAUACCCAACACACAUUGUUUUGGCUAUUUGUGUCUUCAUUCUGCUUCUUGUCGUUGUUCUGUCUUCCUUUUCCUGUUCCUUUUCCAGCACUUCUUAGGUGCUGAGCGAACGAUGUUCUUUAUGCUGACUUUUCCUCCCCCGAAAUGCCUGCUAUAUAGUCUCCGCCUUUUCUGCGUCUCUGUUGUUCUUAUACCGACCUAU